GCGAUGGCGAUGGCGGCCGCGGCCGCGGGCGCGCCGAGGGCGCAGACACUGCGGGACCUCGCGGAGGAGGGGAAGAAGCGGGCCGUCCUGCUCCUCGUCUUCGCCUUCGGGCUCGCGUUCCUCAUGUCCCUGACGAGCUCGUCAGUAUGGUUUAACCUGCCAUUUGCCACAGCUCUGAUUAUUUUAUUUCGCUACAUAUCACUUGACUAUGACCUCCGUAGAAAGAGCACAACUAGCAUAGAUCAGGACAUCAGUCGUCCACUUGUAAAAACCAAGAGCACUGAGUUAAAGAAAGUCCUUCUGACUGAAAAGGAUAGAAAAUCUGAUUGGAGGAGCAAGGUUAAUUCACCUCCAGUUGAAGCUGCAUUUGAACAGUUCUCAAGGCACCUUGUCACAGAAUGGGUUACGGAUCUGUGGUACUCCCGUGUAACACCUGACAAGGAAGGUCCAGAGGAACUCAUCGCAGUAGUUAAUACUGUCCUGGGGGAGAUUUCAGUCCGGGCAAGAAAUGUUGACCUUAUCAGUCUGCUAACCAGAGAUCUGGUUGAUCUUAUUUGCAACAGUUUGGAAUGUUAUCAUUUCUGUCAAGCCAAGAUUGGAAAAGAGAAGUUUGUGAACCUACCGUCAGAGCGUCGUGAUGCUGAACUGAAAAUGACCCUUAUAGCUGAAAACAAGUUGCAUCCUGCUUUAUUUUCAGCCAAUGCCGAAUACAAGGUAUUACAAAGUCUUGCUGAUGGGUUGAUCUCAAUCAUAGUGAGGCCUCAAGAUCUACUAUGUACUUUCUUCCGGUGCACAGCGCGAGAACUUCUUGCUUGUGCAGUUUUGAGACCUGUCAUGAACUUAGCAAAUCCAAGGUUUAUAAAUGAAAGAAUUGAAUUGUUGGCUCUUUCACGCGCCAACAAGUUGGCGAAAGGAGUUGAAGAAUCAAUGGAGGAUGCUACAAAUGUUAAGCAAAGGGAACCUUCUAUGCCCUCUAUAGAUGAAUUUUCUGCACUAAUAGAUCACUCGAGUCCUGGUGUUGAACUUGUUCCAUUUCAUCAGGGUCAGUCCAAUACAGCAUCAGAUAUGCAACCCAGCAGAAGUAAAAAUCCAUCUAGUCUAAACCUAGAAUCCACUAAUGCUUCUUUGAUCGGUAGUUCGCAUCCGCUUGAGUCGACAAGUUUACCUUCCACAUCCCUCAUUGCUUCGGGUAAUGAUUUCUCUUUACAUUCCAAAAGCAGCGACAGAGCAUCUCCUGAUAGUCGUGGGAGAGAGCAUGCACAGCCCUGGGGUAUUAGCUCCCAGCGAACACAUCAAGCUCUAGCACCCGAGCACCUUGAGAAUAUGUGGACAAAGGGAAAGAAUUACAAAUUCGAAAAUGCAAAACAUAAUGCAAAAGUACAUGUUAGAUCCGAUUUUCUAGGCUUGAGUUCUUCAGCACAGCAGUCGAUUCCCUUCAGGACUUCAAUUUCUCAAAGGCAAGCACUUAUAUCUCAAUCUGAGGACCAGCGCUUAAUAAGACAAUCAACUGCACCUACAUAUUCAAAUGGCACCAACCACAUGCCGAAAAGCCUAUCUGCAGAAAUUGCAGAACAUGCUGGACCAGAAGACUUUGGAGUAGAGAGUGAGAGUUCAUAUGCCACUGAGGAUGAUGAAAUCACCAAUGUGACUGGACUUGAUUCUCCUGUUACCCGAGUAUGGGAAAGCAAAAGUAAAGGAAAUGCUACCUCAUCACAUAUACAUCACCCACUUGAGUCUUCUGGUUUCCAUAGAGCAAAGAAGAAUAGAAGUCAUGUGGGAAAACUGAAAAUGUCGAGAACUUCUUCAGGAAGAAAAAGGUCGAGGUCAAAUGCUCAAAAGCCUCCCAUCUGGCAAGAAGUAGAGAGAUCCUCUUUCUCGGUUGGGGAUGAUUUGGACAUACUAAAUGCAUCUGCAAAUGAUUCAAAGACAGAUGAAUUAGUUGAGGAUACUGAGGCAGAAAGUAUGGGUAGAAUGUUUAGUAGUGCAAAUUCUUCAACUUUUUCCUUGGGAUCAACUGACUCUUCUUAUUCUUCAAGUGGCAAUGUACUACAAGAUUCGUAUCUGAAGUUAAGUUGCGAGGUGGUAGGAGCUAGCAUUGUGAAAAGUGGGUCUGGCAUGUUUGCCGUAUAUUCUAUUUCUGUGACUGAUGCCAAUGGGAAUAGUUGGUCCAUCAAGAGGAGGUUUCGUCAUUUCGAAGAGCUGCAUCGACGUCUGAAAGAGUAUGCCCAGUACAAUCUUCAUUUGCCUCCAAAACACUUUCUCUCAUCAGGUUUAGAGGUUCCUGUUGUUCGAGAGAGAUGCAAGCUGCUUGACAUAUAUCUGAAGAGCCUUCUUCAAAUUCCUAUUGUUUCAAGCUGCAUAGAAGUCUGGGAUUUUCUCAGUGUGGACUCACAGACAUAUAUUUUCACAGACUCGCUCUCAGUUAUCCAGACGUUGUCAGUUAGUUUAGAUGAAAGAUCAAAUGGGAAGAAUAGAAAAGCAUUGAAUUCUUCUGGAGCUUUGAAUGGAAAUCUUAUUUCUGAAGGUCAAUCUUUCCAUGGACAUAAAGACAAUACUGUGCGUAAGGAUUUGGACUUCACUGUCGGUGAUGGUUUGAGAUCUAGGAAAGGGAAUGUGGAAAACAACUUAGCAAAUAGUGCUGGCAACAUGACAAAUAGUGCUUGUGACACAACUGCCAAUCUUUAUCAAGAUAAUUCUGGAAGUGACCCGGAGCAGAAUGAUUAUUCGUUUUCAAUAGAUUCAGUAAAUCCUAAGAAGCUGCGUCCAAGCGAAACCAGUGACACAUCUCAAAUGUUGGAGUCUGAUGGAUUCUCUGUAUCUCCUAAUGAUUGGGUGGCACCAAAUCUUAGUGUCCCCUUGUUUCAUCUUGUUGAUGUGGUUUUCCAGCUCCAAGAUGGAGGUUGGAUCAGGCGUCAAGCAUUUUGGGUAGCAAAGCAACUACUACAAUUGGGAAUGGGAGACACCUUUGAUGACUGGCUUGUUGACAAAAUCCAGUUACUUAGGAAAGGAAGGAUAAUUGCUUUCGCUGUUAAGCGUGUUGAACAAAUUCUCUGGCCUGAUGGGAUUUUCAUGACAAAACAUCCAAAGAGAAAAACAUCACCACCACCUCCUGGCACUCAGAACAAUGGCAUGGGCAACUAUCUAAGUGCUGAACAACGGCUAGAAGCUGCUCAUCGUGCAAAUUUUGUCCGUGAAUUAAUAAUAGAUAAAGCACCAUCUCCACUAGUGAGUCUGGUUGGUCGAAAGGAUUAUGAAAAAUGUGCUCAGGAUAUCUACUUCUUUCUUCAGUCCCCGAUUUGUUUGAAGCAGCUAGCAUUCGAGCUCCUAGAGCUGCUUGUUCUUGCUGCAUUUCCAGAGUUGGAUGGCACUGUGAAGAAGUGGCAUGAUGAUAAACAGCAGUUCCGUGCGCUGUAACUAUGUGUCUAAUGAUGUGGUCACGGAGCAGUUUUUCAGUUGUCUUUCCAGAGUGCUGGCCUGAUUAUCUGUAAAUAAGGUGAUUUAAGGCUACUGCGUUUUGAUCUCAUCUCAAAGGAGGUGGCUUUGUGGAGUGUGAAUACAGUUCGAUAGGAGGGUGAAGGUGUGGGAAUGGUUCCCUUUUUACUCUGGACCAUGGUAGGACAGUUUUGUGCCAGAAAGACCGGUGUCAUUUUUCCCACAAGAGAUUUGGUAUACGAAAUGCUGCUGCAAGGAAAGAGGGGCUGGUGCAGUAUUUUUUUUGCCGUAGCGUAGCAUAGCUGUAUUCUUUCUUAGCUUCUUUAUACUUUUCUUUUGUCCUUUCUGGUGGUACCCCAACCUGUGUAAAUCUGCAUGGUGAUCGGCGAAGAUACAGACUGAUCAAUGAAUAUGGCUGUUUCUGGUUGUUUCUAACAA